AUGGCGCCGCACGCCACCGUCCAGACCGAGCCCAUGCCGCGCCCCUGCGCGCGGCCGGCGGUCCCUCUGGUCGCCUUCCUCCUCCUGCUCGCCUCCUCCUACCUCGCCCUCACGCGCCUCCCCGCCGCGGCCCCGCUCGCCGCCCUGAUCGCCCCAUCCGCGGGCCGUGGCUCCGCUGUCGAUAGCUGCGCGGGGUUCUACCGCGGCGCGGGGCGGCGCGCGGUAACGGCGUCGGUGGAGGAGUUCGGGGCCGUCGGCGACGGGGCCACGACCAACACGGCGGCGUUCCGGCGCGCGGUGGCGGCGCUGGAUGAGAGGGCCGGAGGCGGCGGCGCCAGGCUGGAGGUGCCGCCGGGGAGGUGGCUCACGGGGAGCUUCAACCUCACCAGCCGCUUCACGCUCUUCCUGCACCACGGCGCGAUCAUCCUCGGCUCCCAGGAUCCAGAAGAUUGGCCUCUCAUAGCGCCAUUGCCGUCUUAUGGGCGUGGGAGGGAAAGGCUAGGUCCGCGCCACAUUAGCCUCAUCCACGGACAAGACCUAGACGAUGUUGUCAUUACUGGUAGCAAUGGGACUAUAGAUGGCCAAGGUAGGAUGUGGUGGGAGCUAUGGUGGAACAAAACUCUGAACCACACAAGAGGUCAUCUUAUCGAGUUAGUGAAUUCGACAAACAUCAUGAUCUCCAAUGUCACCUUUCGCAACUCCCCAUUUUGGACAGUGCAUCCGGUCUACUGCAGAAACGUUGUGAUAAAGGAUUUGACUAUACUAGCUCCUCUGAAUGCUCCGAACACUGAUGGCAUUGAUCCAGACUCAAGUUCAGAAGUUUGUGUGGAGGACUGCUAUAUUGAAAGUGGAGAUGACCUGGUUGCCGUCAAGAGUGGCUGGGAUCAGUAUGGAAUAUCUGUAGGCAAACCCAGCUCAAACAUUAUCAUCCAACGGGUUUCAGGCACAACGCCUACAUGCUCGGGUGUAGGUUUUGGAAGCGAGAUGUCCGGUGGGAUAUCGAAUGUUCUCGUCCGUGAUCUCCACAUAUGGAAUUCCGCAUCUGCGGUGAGGUUCAAGACCGACGUGGGGCGUGGUGGUUACAUAACCAACAUCACCAUCGCAAACGUGACAAUGGAGAAAGUCAAGGUACCGAUAAGGUUCAGCCGGGGUUCGAAUGACCACUCGGAUGACAGGUAUGACCGAUCAGCGCUACCGACUAUCAGUGAUAUCCAUAUUGUAGACAUUGUUGGAGUGGAUGUGCAGCGCGCGCCGAUGCUGGAAGCGGUGCAUGGUGCGGUUUAUGAUGGGAUCUGCUUCAGAAACGUUAGCCUAAGAGCGAUAAAGCAUCAGGUUGUAUGGCACUGCGAGUCUGUGUAUGGAGAGGCACAUGAAGUUUUCCCUGCGCCUUGUGAAGAGUUGAGGAACAAUGGAUCUUCUUCAUCUUGGUGUGGGCUUCGUUGAGAAACUGUAGAGAACUUGGAACUUUUUCGUGUGUGAGAUUGGCUGACUAUAUUGUCUUAAGGAUAGGGAUAGAAGUUACAAUCAGAUUCAACACCCAGACUUGUAUUUUUGUUUGUAAAAGGUAUAGCGGCUACAGAAGUCAUUUUUGUGAGUAUCUCCACUGUAAAUUGGCACAGAUAAUUCAGUGAUCAAAUAUACAAGGCAAUCAAUUUUUACUCUCA